AUGGCACAGAUUAUGAAUGGUGCCGAUACGAGCGUUAUGGACGAUGGGGUAAGUUUUUAUUUUUGUUUUUCUUGGUUUAGAUCAAUGCUCGGAAUUGGAAUUUGGUAUCAUUAGAAAGGUUAUGAGGCAUAGAAACGAUCUUUAAAGGUUUCUGCGUCAAAAAAAAUGUUGGUUAUCUGUUUUUGAAUCGUAUUUUGUUCAUCAACACCUAAACCAAAGUGAUUGAUCUGAAAAAUGGUCUUUUUACUAGGGUUAUGGUCGGAAUGACUUAUAAAUUAAAUAGUCAUAUCCUAUUUUUAGUAUAACGACUAUGGGGAUGUCCAAGCCGACUUUGGCUACUCGAAUAUGGCAGUUCCUAUGGGUUUCACGGAGAUGGCGUGUAUGAGCUUCGACCACAGGGAGAAUCUACUAUGGGUUGUUGACAAAAGUGUAAGGAUUUAUUUUUCUUUGACCUUUUUUUAACUAUUUUUGGUAUUCCUUGCAUAUUUUACAAUUUCAGGGUCAUGUGUUAUCCUAUUAUCGGGUUGUUCUCCAAGUUUACAGUCGGUUUUUCUGGCCGUUGGAUAAGAACGACACGGAAGCGCAUUCCAUAGUCCCCACUUCGGACCAUGUGAUUGUGAUUGGGAAGUGCACGAUUGCGGCGUUUAGUCGAGGAGGAGUUCCCGAGUAUUUUUAUCGGUAAGAGGUGAUAUUGUAGUAGACCAAAUUUUGAUUUUUAAUGUGUUAUACUGGAUGCGCAAGUGAAAUAUUGUCCCAAAACGCUGCCUAAACACAAUUUCCGAAUUUUAAUGUUCCGGAAAUUGACAUUUUUGGAUUAUUUUUUUAUAUUGUACUAGAUAAAAUCGCACUUUUUUAUCGUAAAAUAAGUGUUUUAUUUUAGAUCCGACCUCCUAACCGACUUAUCUUGCGCUCAUUGGGAUCCCUACACUAAUUUGUUGUUCCUUGGAGGCUCUCAAGACACAAUUGUUGUAUAUGAUAUUGAAAUUCGCUCGGAGAGAAAUGUAAUUCCAAUCAAAGAAGGUUCCGCGAGCAUUAUUAGGACCACAGAGAGGUAUUUGGUAUCCGCCAGUGAGGAUGGAAAGGUACGAUUUUUGAAUUUUUUUGGUUUUGAUUUUAGGUAUCAGGAUAAUAUAAAAAUUCCUGUUCUUCUGCCGUUUUCGACACUGGAAAGUCUUAACGUUGAUUUUCAGUUAACAGUUCGCUCCAAAGAUUUGAUGAACUACAAUUUAAUAGCCCAAACGCAGGCUCAUUUGGGCAAAGUGGUCGAUUUUGAUGUCCAUGCCACGUAUCUGGUGUGCUGUGGAAUGUCAAAGAAGAGUAACGGGUAAGAUUUUUGUAAAAUUCAGAUCGAAAAAGACUGUUUGAAUAGUAAAAUACGCUAUCCAGUAGUUCCAUGCCUGUUUUUAAAAUAUUCCUCAUGUGUAAUAUAAUUUUUUUUUCAAAAUGAUUUUUUUUAUUUUUAGAACGCUAGUCUUCGAUAAUUUCCUCAAAGUAUACGAUGUUCGAAACUUAAACCCUCAAAUUCCGAUCCCAUUCAAUCGACAUCCAACCGUCUGUAAAUUCGUUGGCAUUGAUUCACUUAACGAGGAAAAAGUUGUUGUAACUUCUGGGGUGAGUGAAUUAUUUUCGUUGAACUUGGCUUUUAGGAUUAAUGAGAAGAGAGUUCAUUUCCUAAGGUGUGUUGGAAAGCAACUUGAUGAGAUUUUCUUUGUAUUUUACCUUAUUUUAGACGUUUUCAAAAUUUGUUUGCAAUUUUUUUACAUUUUGCCUUUUUCAGCCCAUGCUAUUCCUCGUGGACAUAUUAGAGAACAAACUCACCGGCCUUGGCAGCUUACCGGUUCCAGCUUCCCAUCUGUGCGCCUCGGAUUCUCAUCAAGCAAUUGCCGUGGGAAUGGGGGAGUGUAAGUUUUUUGUUUUGGUAUUUUAGUUGUGAAUUUAGAUUUUUUGAUUGGGUUUUGAAUUUUAGGCCCACCAAUGGUGCAAUUGUUCUGGACGGAAGAUGAGGAUCCACCAUUUUCGAUCUGUGAUAUUGACCCGAUCUUCCCGGCCGAAGUAAGUUUUUGAAUUUUUUGUGCCCAAUAAUAGGUGAUGUUUUGACAGAAGAUAUUUUUGGUGAUAAAAUACGCGGUUCGUAGUUUAUAUUCUUUUUUUGUGGCAACUGACUGGAAAAAACGAAAUUUUUGCAAAAUUGUUAUAUUGCACUAGGAAAAAGUGAUGACUUUUUUUCUUUAUAUUGACGGAUUUUCAGGACGAAAAAGACAUUCCAAUCCCAUAUGAUGCCCCAACCCCUCUGGCAACAUUUCCCUUACGGUAUUGCCCAGGUAUGGACUAUUGCUCCGAUCGAUGGCCAGAUGUCCUCAUGAGGCGGAGAUUUUUGUAA